AUGCCCGCCAUGUACUCGCUGUGGAUUGUGGGACGAAACGGAGGGCUGCUGUACAGCAGGGACUUCUGGCAACUGCCGCCCAUAGAGUUCAACGACAAGCUGCGGUUAGCCAGCAGCUGGUUUGGCAUGUGCGGCAUCUCGGCGCAGCUGUCGCCGAUGCCAGACAGCAGCGGCAUCCAGCUGAUGCAAGCCGACACGUUUGACUUGCACAGCUUCCACACCCUGACCGGCACCACCUUCAUGCUGCUGACUGAGCCGCACACGCCAGACGCCGCGGAGCUGCUGCGCACGACGGUGUAUGAGCUGUACUGCGACUAUGUGCUGAAGAACCCUUUCCACGAGAUGGACCAGGUCGUCAAGAGCGAGCUGUUUGACCACAACCUGGUGGCGCUCUUUGCGGCGGUCAACCGGCGGUGGGGUGUGGGUCUGGCGCAGUAG